AUGUGGCCUUUCGGGGCGGCCUGGCUACUGCUAGGUUUCGCUCUGGUGGCCGCUAAACUUCCGGCAGCUCCAAAUGAAACCCAAAAAGUACCCACCUAUGAAGAAAUUGUUGAACGGAUAGCACAUUUCAAAGGCAAUCUUGGGCCCAUUAAAGAGGUCUACGACAAUCAAGAACUGCGGCUGAUACACCAGGGCCGGCCACGCAGACCAUUUAUUGGGCGAACCGGAUUUGUGGAGGAUGAUCUGCCGGCGAAUCAUGAACAAACGCUGAAAGCUGUUGAAAAAUUGAUAGAAAAAUAUAAGGAUGAAACACCGGCCCAAGUGAAUGCUCAUGCUAAAGCAUUACUAGCUGAAGCUUUACCAACAAGACCUGCCCCAAAAGAUGCCGUUCCACCGAAAGACUACAGUUAUGGGCAAAAAGGGAUCAAUUAUGACGUCGACGACAAGGGGCCGUUCAUUCUUUGCCAAAAAGCGGAAGGACCACCAGGAACCCUCGGACAGCUCCCUAUCGACAUUGAGCGCUGCUACUACAAACAAGACAAUUUUGUCGGUCAACACGCUGUCGGUUGCCUUGUCGGCAUGAACUUUUUCGAACCGGAGAACAUCACGGAACCCGGUUGGAGAGCAUACGUUCCGUCCAGCAGGGUAAUUUAUCGAGGUUGCUGGGGAGUAGAUUCGUUCGUUUCUGAGGAUUGUGUCUGGGACGAAGCGUGCAUUGGUCGCUUUCACGAGCCAGUCGUUAACGACCGUGAAACGCUGUUUUGCUGCUGUCGGACCCAUAUGUGCAAUUCAGAAAAUUUGACUUACAUUGCCGAUCCGUACAACUAUAUCCCUCGGAUGAUGCAUCGGGACUACCCAAACAUCACCGAAGAUAAAAUGCAAAAAGCCAUCGAAGCAGCCAUCCUCAAAGCUCUUCCAAAAACCGCGACCGCCACCACGGCCACCCCUCCCGAUCCGGAUGAUUAUUACGACCAAGAAUACGAUACGUACGGUGCCAAAUUGCCACUACGUAAGAAGCCCAGAUCCGCGUUCAACUGGGUGACGUGGGCAUUCGUCUUCUUGCUGAUCUGCCUGUUGAUCAUCCUCUGCUGUAUUAUGAUCGGCAUCUGUGGGCAAAGAUGUGGAGGAGAAAAGGAUGAAAUUGAGGAGGCUGAGGCGCGUCGUCUCCGUGUUCUCCAAGAAAAUCGUCGCAAAUUUUACCACGCCAGGAUGAAAAAUAUCAUCUUGCCCUCCCGGCCGAUCAUCCGAAAAUAUGACCGGAUUGGACGCGGCCGCUUUGCUGACGUCUACAAGGGGGCUUUAUGGCUGAAUGGGGAAAAAAUGGGGAUGCACGUGGCGAUCAAGGCUUUCAAGAGCAAGAACACCGAGCAUUUUCGGCAUGAAACGGACUUUUAUGGGCUCGACUGGUGGCGAGCAGUGAACCAUCCAAAUCUCAUCCUAUUUCAUGGGGUCUUCGUUCACGAAAUAACCCCGAAAAGGAAGGAACUGUGGAUUUUAAUGGAGUAUCACGCCCGUGGUAAUCUGUUCCGAUACCUAAGUCGGCAAACGAUGAGCCUAAGCCGUGCCCUUCAUAUUAUCGAUACCUUCAUGGAGGGGCUCGAUUUUCUACAUCGUGAGGGGAUCCAAGGAAAUUUUUGGAAAAAUUCGAUCGCUCAUCGUGAUUUAAAACCCGGCAACGUGCUUCUAAAGUCAGACUACAGCGCUGUCAUCGCAGAUUUUGGUUUAUCUAUCCGGCUCGAUCAAUGCGUAUGGCAAGGAAUGGAGAUCAAAAAUAACAAACGAUCACCAAUUGCCCAAAAUGGUACACCACGCUACAUGUGUCCAGAGGUGCUGGAUGGAAAUACCGAAUUCUCCCCCACAGCUUUCCACCAUCACGAUAUGUAUGCUGUUGGAUUGAUCGUCUGGGAAUUGCUGGCACGCACGAUGGCAUACCCUGGGGAACGGAUCAAGACAAGGCACAAGCGUCCAUACGAAAUGGAAAGCGGAAAUGCUCCGACUAUUUCACAGAUGAGGAGAAUCGUUGUAAGAGCAAGAAUGAGACCAGUGUUCCGGGAAAUCCUUGCCGAAAAUCCGGUCACCAAAUCACUGGCUCAAUCUGCAGCCGAACUAUGGGACGACGAUCCGGAAAGUCGGCUGUCAGCAGCUUGUUUCCAAGCGCGUGUCAGGGGAUUGAUUAAAGAACUUCGAGAUGUUGGGGAAUACUGUGAGCCAAUGCUAAGAAAGAAACGACCAAACGAUCAGUACAUCCCACCAGCUCAACUACCAUGCAAAACUUUCGAAGAAAAAUACGCCGAAAUAUGCAUGGAAGAUAUUCCGGACUAUUUAGCUGUUGAAGACAUGGAUCUGCCAGAUGAAGCAAAAGAAGAACUGCGUGAAAAGAUCAUUCAAGCUCAUAGAGCCCAGAUGGAGGCGGAUAAUGAAGCUAUUAAAGAUUUCUUGGCGGGUGGUGAUCAACAAGAAACGGCUGUGAUGCAUGAUAGUGGAGAUGAGCUGGAAAAUUAUGAAGAGGCAGAAGAAGACGCGACGAUAAAACCUGGAACAUCGGCUGAAGCUAUUGAGGAAAAGGAGGAAGAGGAAGAGGAAGAAGAACAUCCAAAGGAAGCCGUCCAAAAAACGACGGUCAAGAAUAAGGAAGAUGAACAAGGGCUUUUGGAACCCGGCAGUGUGGAGGAAGAUCUAACCGAACCCGAGCCAUCAACUUCCAGAGCUCCAUCCGGGGACCCAGAUCGAGCUCCCCGGAUAGAAGUAGAUGAACGAAAUGAGCCUGAGGAUGAGGUUGAUCCGGAGGAGCAACUAGUGGCUGCUCUAGCCGCAGAAGCUGAUCGAUUAGCGGAAGCAAGACCCGAACGAAUAAUCAAGAAAACGGAUCGCGUCCAUCCACAUGGCGAGAAGAAGGGGCCUUUUGGAUUACUCUCUCGGUUAUUAAAUAGAACCAAUCGAAAUCACCACGCACGAAUUGAAACCGAGCCGUUGAAUCCGAGUGAAAUAGAAUUACAAGAGAUUCCCCGAAUACACGUCCUUGCCACGCCGCAUGAUGUGGAAGCUCAA